ACGAAUGGGCUGUCAACACAUGAGCAAGGACUACAUCUCGAUGGGUCGACUUGGUGGUCAUAAAUCACCUUUGGCUUGCAUGUUCAGCGCGUGCGAUGCGAACCAAGAGGUGGGAUGAAGCUGCAGGGCCUUGGGAGCAAGAAAACGUCAGAGGUUAAAGUAGGAUGCCAGAAUGAACUCGUCAAAGAGCUCUUUAAGCUUAGACCGACUUGCCUAAAUCUUUUUAUCACUUAGGGUCAAGGUCCUAAAGUUUUCUUACUUCCCCCAGGCAGGGUACGACAAACAGUGUUCGAGCCCGGGUUGAAGAUCACGUCGGUCGUGUAACUGAGAAAGUCUGGCAGCGUGUACAGAAUGUUGUACGAUUCACACUCAAAUUGAUAGUGUAGCGACGAAUAGUGACGUGUAUGAAACCCGAAUGCUUCAAAGUGUCGAUGGCGUCUCAAGUCCUACAUGCUAGGACGCAUGGUGAUGGAGGUGUUGGGUUCCAAAGCAAGGCAUUCCCUGGGUGUCAAGAUCGAAUUCUGAGAAAUACCGAGUUCCAUCCGCCAAACCCCAUACUGACGAUCCAAUUGUGACGACAGCAAGAAGAAGACAUAGCUGUCGUGCUUCGUGAUUGCUGCCUUCGACAAGCUGCCCCAUGACAUCUUGUCCAAGUAUCAUGGGCCAGCUCAGUCAUGAAUGAGUUGGCUGACCCGCCGCGUGAAUCUUGACGCCGGGAUGUGUAUGGAGCGGGACGGGCCAGUAGUUGCAGUGAGUCAAUUAAACCCAUUAGUAGCUUAGCAAAUCCAUCUGGCGCAGCAGGCAAAUCGCCGAGGCUGAUGCUGUUAACUGUGGAUAGUGGAAUUUGAUAAUGGGCCAUCAGUGAUCAUUUUAGGCUCUUGCCUAGCGUACCCUUGUCAUGACAUCUCCCUAAAUAGAAGCACUUAAAACUAGUCAAUGGCGGAGUAGAGGACAUCGCAGCCUGGCAUUCCCAUUCACCGCAGGCCAUGUCAAAGGAUGUGGCUCUGUUGAGUUGAAUCGUCAUUACAGCCUCGCCACCGACAUUGCCAGCGAAUAGAUAAUUUCAACCUCAUUAACGAGGCAGACACGGUAGACAGAGAAGGCUGACGCGUUCGAUCAUGAGCUUCUAGUGUUAGCGGUAGGCCCAAACUACCUAUCCAAGGUUAUGUGCAACCCUGAGCGAGAAAAGACGGAGAGGUGAGAUGCCGUGGGAUCCAAUCGGCCUUGCAUAUGAGAUCCCGGGGUCACCGGGGUGGUCUAAGACAUUCUGGAUCAAUGAGAGAAGCCAAAGAGAUCCAUGAAUGCUGAGUGAAGAAUUGACUUGGAUGGUUGAGAUCAGGCUUGGUUGGUGGAAGCUGAGAAGGUUAGUGGAUGGUGAAGGAAACCCCAAAAAUGCAAGGAUCGGGCGUAAUGAUACACAGAGCCAGGAAUAGGUAGGUAACUUCCAUCUCAAAAACUCAAAUGACUCAGCAGUUUGAAGUUGAUACAGUACAUAUUUGACGUUUGGCUGACUCGGAUAGCAUAUGAAAAGGAAAUAUUUACUGUGCAUGCGCAUUUGUGAUGCCUCAGGUGGCAUGUCUUGAAGCCUGAGACACCUAUUAUCGCGCUCUGGAGGCAGCUGGCACCUUCCGUGAUGAAAAUCAGACCAGCAGAUGAAGGAAGGUACGGGAAGAUAAUCGGGAAACAAUCUAGAAAAGGAGAUAUGACUCAAAUCACCUCGUGACUUAAGCGAGGCAUCAUCGAUAAACAACAUCUCCUCAUCUCAAUUGCAAAGUCAGGAACUCGCUCCAAAAUCAGGACAAACAUCCAACAAACGAAUCCUUGUUAGGCAACUGGACUUUACAGAGCCUGUCUGCCGUGCAGUACAGUACUAAUGUUGGGCUAUACAGUGCACAUGCACGCACUCAACCAGCCGGGACGUGUUCCAGAAAUCCGCCAUUCCUCCUUCGGGUCAUGAUGCUGAGACGUUCAGUGCCAGGGCACGUUACCUACUUAUUCGGAUUCAUCAAUGAUUAAGAAUAAAUGGGUCGUGAGCCAACACACGACGAGCCGAGUUUCAACAGCCUCGCACGCCUCGCUCCACCAAAUACUGUACUGAGAUACAGAGGACAAGGGCUUCGUGGGGGAACCUGAAGGGGAAGCACAGCUGGCUCUGCGUGGUGAUGAAAGAUUGGCGGGUGGUAACGUUAGGGGUCCUCCAAGCAUGGAGAGAAACGGAUCUGUGCUCCUCUACUCCGUACAGCAGGCAAUGACCUCUAACAAAGCACGCAAGCGCGUUAAUUAUUCGGUCUUGGUCCGAGACCACCCUGAAAAAAAAAUCUCUGUUCUGUUGACGACCAUAUUCUAGUAAUCAAGCUUACAGACCUCUACUGACGCUACCCUUGAUCGACCACCAUUUCAGUGAGAUCCCAUCGAUCGGCGGGCAUCAGAAUCCGCCAUCCUGACUGAGAAACGAUUAUCGCCCAUCACCCCAGGAAGACCGAAUCGACGGGACGGAGGAAACAGCCCACCCAUGGUGUGACUAUGAGCUCGACAUGAGCUCCAAACAGCCAUUGCACCCUAGCUGUGGCCUGUCCCCGUGUGGUACACCGUCACAACGUCUUCACACGCGCACCCUCUUGCUCACUCUAGUGGCCGAGCACUGGCCGAUGCGCACUAGGGAUUUCAUCCGGGGCAGUCGUUGACUCUGCUCCCCCACGAAAGACGUGUUGUACGGUCCGCGGAUAGGACUAGAGUCAUCUACUUCCUGCUGUAGAGCGCUAUGCCUCAGGCGCCUGUCCCCGAUACAGACAGUCGGUUGUGUGUCAAAAUCUGGAAUGCAUCGCCUGGGGUUUUCAGCCACCUACCGUUGAAGUCGCCUCCCUAAGAGUGAACCAACUUUUUCUGGCGCCGUCUGUGACCCGAUUGUCUGCCCACCGUUGACUUUACGGUAGCAAUGGUUUAAUUAAUGGCAACGCAACGUAUUGCUCACUCCUGCCGAUACCUUACUGUCUCUUCCAGCCAACAAUAAUAAAGUGCAGCCCAGAGAUACUAGGGCUGCAACAGUGUCACUGCUGGCUGCAUACAAGAGACACUAGGGGGUGUCUAUCGAAGGUUAAGCACGAGUCUGCGAGAAGAGGUCUGAGGCCGGGGCGAGGCGAGGCGUUUCUUCCACUUCUCACUGUCUCCCCCGCCGUGGCCCGAGUUGACAGUUGGUCCAAAAGUGGUCCGUCCCGCCAGGUUCCUGAUGUGGCCUCGAGUCCAAGUCCAUGCCUGAACACACUUCUUACCCCUGGCUUCUCGACAGCUCCACUGGUUGCGUAUUAAGGUCAGGCUCGGUACCAAAUAAGCCCCCCUCCCCACCUACGACCAACGUCCGUUAAUCUACCAUCCAUAUCCAUAUCAAGGCAGAACCGACUUAAGGUGAAGAUAUAUCCCUUUCGAUUGUCUCCUCAUCUAUGCUAUUAUCAAAUUCACGACUCUCGACUCUGACUCAACCUGAUUGAAGCCGGCUGUGUCAUAUACCACACACUACACACAAACAAACUCAAGUAUCGCUUCACCACACCCUUACUUCAGGCACCUUUACUUGAAGCUCAGUAUUUACACCACUUACACGCACUCCUAAACUCUACUACUCCCUCAACACCAACCACCCUGGAUACCACAACACUCCACCUUACUCAAUUGACAACUAUCGCACAAUGACACCUGAACCAUCAUUACGGCGACAACGGAAAGUUAUCAUCACUACAUCUCCAGCCCCCUCCGAUUCUGAUUCACGCCGUGACUCCUACUUCUCAGAAGUUUCUCAAUCAACAGCCCCUACCUCUUUCCACUCGGCUUCCGGAUCUAAUAAUAAAUGCCUUGAUGUUGCUCAAGGGAACAGACCUACAACAGCUAUGAAGUCAACAACCAUUGAGCACAGAUUCGAUACUACCUCUUCCUCUAUCGCCACAUACGACUCGGUCCUAUCUGAAAUGGCACCUUUGUGUCGAGAUUUGCCAGUCGGCGGCGAAGAGGUAGAAUUUGAAACUGAGGAUGAGGAGGAAGAAGAAGAGGAAGAGGAAGAGGAAAGCGGCGAUGAAGACGAUGACGAUGACGACAGAGAGGAUGACCAGGAAGACGCCGACAAAGACUACAUUCUAUCUGACCCUGAGUCGCUUCAUAUCCCUCCAGUGUUGCCUCCUUAUCGCGGAACCUCUAACGAACGCCCCUGUCGACCAUCUACGCCCCAAGACUUUGGCCGUCUAUUCCCUUCACUGGACCGACUUGCCGUACGCCAUGACGAUUGUACUUCGGACGGCAACAUGAAUCUCCGUGUCGAUACCGUUGUUCCUUUUGGACAUACACGACGCACGCUUGCGGUCCAGCUAUUCCACCUGCGCAUGCACGAUCUGGCUCGCCGAGAGUUUUCUCUUCGCCGUUACUGCCGCGACUCUGGUCGAGAGGUUUGCAACUCUAAGCGUGCAUAUGCUCCAGCGCCGACCAGUACUGUCGCUGCAGCACGACCUGUCCUCCAAAGGUCAAUGAGCUCCGCUAUGCGGACGAUGGCUACCCCAUUUCACCGACCAACCUCUAGCAACUCUUCAAUCUUCAAGUUCGGCAAUGGUACCAACGCUUCUACAACUUCUGAUAACGCCUCCGUAUGGUCCGGUUCGCAUCACACGGAGAAAUCAGACUCACCAACGCCUAAACCCAAGGCACGAAUGGUACCUACAAACCGAAUCAAGCUCGAGUUCAGCAACUAUGCUCGCGUGGAUAUUGCACGACGAGGUGGACGCACCAACAAGCGAUACGAGUUUGAGUGGUGGGGUCACACAUACGCCUGGAAGCGUGUAAUUGACAAGAACCUCAAUGUUGUCUCAUUCCACCUCGUCCGAGAUGGACAUGGCGCACCCGUCGCUCAUAUCGUUCCUGAGAUGCGAAGUCCCAACCAGAUUCUGGACGAUGAGAUGGCUGGAGCUUGGGUUACCCCUUGCUACAUCUGGAUUAGUGACAGUAGCAUCAUCGAUGCCAUUACCGACGUGGCUGAUGUCAUCAUCGCCACCGGCCUUAUUUCCCUGGUCGACGACUGCAUUAAGGAGCGAUGGCAAGCCAAGAAACCCUCACACCGAGCUAUCCGCAGGGACACUGGCGAUGUCAACCACGCAAACCCUCGCUCGUUUAUGCACAGCUUCUUCCAGCGACGCCACUCUGAAGAACACUCUUCAAGCCGUGGCGCAUUAAGAUUUGGACGCAAGCCCGUCGCUGCGUAUUAAAGGCUAAGCGACAUCGGAAAUAAUAUCGAACACACCUGAUAUUCCCUAUACGAACCUCUAUGGAAUCGUCAUUAGUUCUAUUUCAGAAUGGAUACUAUAUGUUGGUAUAAGAUCACGACUUUCAUCUACUUUUCUUGUUUUAACAUACCUUUUAUCCCGUCACGAACAGACGGACAUGUACAUAUUUGGACUUUUUCUUGUUUUGUUAUCUACUGCACUCACCCACCACAGACUGGUUGGGCUGUGAGGUUUUUGGACGGGCAUUUGCGGGAUAAGAAACAUCAUCCCCACGAUUACAGCAUGCGAGGCGCUUGGGAGUUUUUGGAUAGGGCUAUGAGAGAUGGGAAAGCCCAGCUUAGGAUUGAUGAUCUGGCCUGGCUUGGUAUUAACCGGUGUCUUUGUUUACCCCGGAUUGGACUACGCCUCUUAACCCCAGAUAUGAAAAUGGGCAUGGCUUGGAGAGAAUUGAAUCACUACAGAAUUAUUGGAUUGUACGAGACACAUACAAAACCAGUUUACGCUAUGAUCAGGCUAAAGCUGCGCAAUUGGGAAGAGAUACAAUAAUGACCUGACACGAAGGCGAAAUUGACAGAUUUCUUGGUGAUACUGCGCAAAUUUUUCUUGCAGCUGCAUGUCUACUUGGUCCAUUGGUAUAACUCAAUGCUUAGUCUCCUCCAUCCACUCAAUUGGGUGAGAUAAAGGGAAGAAAAACCCUCAUCCACCCCCAUCUGCAACCCCUGUCAAGCCAGCUCGAGAUGCAUCGGGGGACGUGGGAAUCGUGCCAUCCGUAACGCCACAGAUGCGGGGGAAACGUCCGUCUCUUUUUCAUUUCUGCAGACGUGCCUUGGCAUGAGAAAGUCUGCCAUUGACGUCCAUGUAAGUCUGACCAGCUCGUUAUCCUAUCCCACGCGAUAAUCGUAGAGACGCCAGAAGCGGUCGAGUUACAGCUGCUCGACAUCAUCGUGGCCGUCUGCUCUGCCGAACCAUGUGCCAAAGUCGAGCUUCAUGAGCAGACGAUUGAUGCCACCAACCCGUGCAGCUGUGAAGCCACCUCGUUCCUCUGCAUCGUCUGUGUCCCGGGCUCUGCCGUCGCGCUGAUCGUCUUCGUCUUCCUCAGUUGCAGUGGCGGGAGCUGUGUCGCCCUCCCAUUCGGCUGUGAAGAUGGGGUCAGAUUCAAGAGCGCGAAGGGCGGCGACGACAUCUUCGAUGCCAGAGCGGACACGGGACUCGAUGUCGUGAAGACGGCGCUUAACGUCACGCUCUUCAGACUCAAGAUCGACAAAGGCAUCGACUACGCCGGCAUCUGUCUCGAGGUCUAUAGACGUAUAGAUAGCGUGAAGACGAUGUAGAUGGGCGACGAGGUGAUCAAUGUGGAUGAGGAGGUUAUAUAGAGGUUGAGUAAAUGUUGGCUGAGUGAGAAGCAGACGAUGAAUGAGAGUACGAAGGUAUAGGCGAUGAGCUGUUGAAAGAGUUUGAGGAUCUUGGGGAGGCGUUGAAUCUCGUGCUUUGGGAGUACCAUCUUGAGCUGUAGGCUUGUCAUUUUCAUUGCCUAGCCAUAAGUCAUCAUACUCUUCCCCAUCUGUAUCAGCACCCCCUGAUUCAUCUUGUAAUUUGGUUGGUGUUGGUGCUCUAGACUGCCCAUGCUUGGGGUCAUUGGCUGUCAGCCACUCAUGGAAGCCCUCCCAUAGCCCAGCAACAAUCUCAGUCUGGAGAUAUGCUUCUGUUUCUGCUAGGAAGAAUAUGGCAGCACUUGCAGUUGUCCAAGAGCUACGCAUUGAAGACGACCGAGACGUCCAUCGCUUUCGAAGAAGGAUAAUAUGUUCCCGGUCACCUUUUGCGGUUGGAUAUUGACGUCUCAAGGAUGUAAUCUUCCAGAGAUCCGUAAGUCGGAUGUGCGCUCUGCGCAUUGAUAGUAGAUAGGCGUUGAUACAAGAGUAUAUCUGUAUGUCUGAUGGUGACAGUACCAUAUCCAGUGGUGGAGGAAUCUGGAUGGACAGCAAAGACGGGACAGAGAAAAGGAGGUUGCGAAAAGGCGACUCGGAUAAGAGGCUUGCAGCAUCACGGCUGAGACCUGAACCUGAGCCAAAAUUCGUAGUCGCCUUGCUCUUGGUGAGAUUUAGUCGUAAAAGGUCCCGAGCAAGCUCAAGUUGUUCAUCUUCCUCGGCAUGUUGACCCUGCAUAGAUGCUAGAACAGCCCAUGUCCUUGCGAGAACCGCCGCAACUUCACCCUCUUUGACCGUCACGUUCUUUAGGCCGUCACCCUUUUCGUAAGCCAAGUUAUCUGCUCGCCUCCAACGACUGCGUAUUUUUUCAUCUGCCUCGUGGGUUAACUGCAUUGCAAAUUCACCACGACCGAGGAGGAAGAAAUCUCGCAAUAAUUGUAGCAUUUCCGUCACCUUGGCUAGCGGGAGGAGUUUUUGAAGCGUGUUUUCGGAUAGAGAUAUCCGGACUGCAAUGAUGGCUCUCGAGAAGCUGGUGCUUUUUAGUGGGAAGGAGAGGCUGGAUAAUUCUUGAAGCUUUGAUGACAGGUGAUCUAGGCCACGAAGGCCUGAGUCAACGCUGCUCUUGACUCGGAUGUGAUUCAAGGAUUUUCCAAUGAAGAGCAUGGAUGAAGCUGUAGCUGGUGUCAC